AAGAUGACUUAAGAAUGUUCAAUGAUGCUAAAGACAAUAUUUCUGUUCCACAGAUUCCCUUCCAUUUUCACAAUGGCCCUGAAGUGAGGAUAACUCCAGGCCAUGUACAUAGGCAACGUUGCACUACUGCUUCUCUUGCUGAUGCUGAUGGUGGACAACUCAUUGACACAUGAUUCUGAGGAUGAUAAUUGCACCACCAUUACUAUUGAAAGAGGUACAAAAUACUAUAAAAAUCUUGGUGACUCAGCCAGUCUAGAGUGCCCGGUGACCUACUGCAGCAAAAAGCCUAAAAUGAAUUGGUAUAUGCUGAACAAGAGCAAAGAGACGUUCCAUAUAUUGAAGGAUGAAAAAGAACAUUCCAUUUCCUGGAAAAAUGAAAAUACAUUUGUUUUGAAUUUUCAAUCAGUUCAUAAAAAUGACAGUGGACAAUAUCGUUGUGAAGCGAUAGUAAGAAAAAAUAAUCUUGCAAGUCAUGUUGUAGAAUUAAUUGUUCAAGAUCACAGUAACUCAUCAGUGUUUCUAAAUACUACAAAUACAACAGAAGAUCAGAAGCCAGCUGAAAAGAACAAGAUGUUGAUUAUGAUUUAUUCCAUAUCAUCCUUUGGUACUCUGUUCCUCAUUGUUGGUUACUUUGGAUGGCUCUAUUUCACAAGGAGGCAUCAAGUAAAAAACACCCAGAAAGUAAAAAGCCAAGAAAGUGGAAAUAACCGGAAGACCCAACGCUGCACUGAUAGCACAACUCAUGAGUCAGAUGAGGGAGCCAUUUUUAUUGAAGAUUCCAUGCCUGGCUUGUUUCAAGUUUCCAGUGGGAAUCAAGACAAUUACCAGAAGGCAUCUAGAACCAGUCUAAGUUCCAUGAAGUUCAAUGAAGGUUUAUCAGGAUAUAAAGAGGACUCAGUUAUUUAUGCAACAUUAAGCCAUGGAGAACUUUUUCAGAGAACCAAGCCCCCUGAAGAAACUCAAUUGACAGAAUAUGCCAUCAUUAGACUGAAAAGCUAAAGAUGGACCUCAUUCAUUGUUUUAUGUUCUCUAGUAUGGUUUAGCAAGCUUAUCCAUAAACACCACUUAUACAGACUGUUUCUGCUUGGAAAAUUUUUCUGGAAAAAAAUAAAUAUUUAUUUCCCAGAUACUGCAUAGUUACAGUGAAUCACAUUUUGUAUGCAAUUGCUCUCUCUGUUUCCGUGUAUUAUAUAACCAGAGGUUUGCUUACGCCACUAGCUGACUCAGCAAUUGGGAUUCCUGUUGUCCUAUUUUUGGGCAACCUAUCUGACAUGUUUGGGAUCCUUCCCAUUAAAUUUUAUUGGUAAGAUUUUUGCAGGGUAGGUCUCUAGAUCUUUCUAACCCUCUAACCCACUUUUCAACAAUUCCCCAGGGACAGCAACAGUCAUGGUCCUUGUAAACCCGGAUGAUAACCAAUCGACUAUGGGAUUCUUUUUCUGUUGUCUUCUCAUGAUUAAUGGGUUUGUGGAUACUCCUAGUCUGGCUUCUCAGUUGACCUAUAUAGUUUGACCCUUCUGGUAUACUUUCUGGUGGUAUACCUCCAGCAUAGUUCCUUAAUAGAACACAUGAGAAGGGAAUGCCCACAUGAAGGGGUUUCUAUGUAUAUAGCAAUUUCAUGUGUAUUGCAAUAUAGCAAAAUGGUCAUAUAAUAGUUAUAGUAUUAGAUUUAUAUACUGCUUCAUGGUGCUUUAAAGCCCUCUCUAAGUGGUUUACAGAGUCAGCAUAUUGCUCCCAACAAUCUUG